UGAUAAAUACCCCAUGUAAAUACCACUGAACUGGGUAUGGAACAUAAUUAUAUCGUAACACACCAACCUGUCAACUAUCAUUCAAAAAUGUCACCUCAAGUCAGAUUUAUAUCUUCUCCAACUAUUCCAUAUUAAAAAUUUAAAUCCAGAUAACUCUAUAUGUGUUUAGCUAUGAUCAAUGAGCAGAUACUUUCGAAAACGACCAUACCGAUCCCGCAAAAUUAGAAAAUGUCCUACAAAAUGUAAACGUAAAUCCAAAAAAGAUAAUUGCAGACUGAAAAAGACGAAAAAAUCGACUAAUCUAAAUGCGCAGCGUCUUGCCGAGUAUUUAAAUAACGAAAAAAUUCAAGAACAUUUAAAUAGGUUGCUUGAAAAAUACCCCAACAAUAUUCAAGUCGAGGCCAUAGGAAGUUCUAAAGAAGGCAGAGCUAUAUAUUUGGUAUUUAUUACGAAUAAUGGUGGAGAUAUACCCAAAAAUGCUGUUUUUAUAGAAGCCGGUUCAAACGGAGAAGAUCUCAUAGCCGUAGCUUCAGCACUGUACAUCAUAGAUUACCUCUGUAAAAAUGCUAGUACUAGCAAUACUUUAAAAGUGAUGGAUUAUUUUGUAGUACCUUGUACCAACCCAGAUGCCUACGAGUUGACCUUGCAUGGGCGGAAACCUAAGGUUAAUCUUGCAACUAGUUUUCCGUUUACGUUGGGACAGUGUGAUCUAGAAGUGAUAGACGACGACCAAUUUAUUAAAGCGUCUAAAAAGUGGAAAGAAAAUUAUGAUUUUGACAGCCCUGAACGAAGUAUUUUAAUUAAUGCGAUUGCUAGUUUCCGGUUUGCUAUAAAACUAUUUAUAUCAUUACAAGAAGGAGGUGAAAAAAUUGUGUACCCUUUCGGUAUGGCAAAGCAAGAACCCUGUGAUGUUGAAGACCUUGCCUGGGUAGCUAGAAUGGGAAUAUGUGGUUGUUGCAAACACUUCCAAGUAGGCUCCGUUUAUCAACAUUAUGGUCUCACGUUCGGAACCAUUAUUGACUUUCUAAGAUUAUUUACUGAUUCUCUUAAGUUCACUUAUAUUAUUCACUUAAAUGAUAGAAAGAAAAUUCAGAGGUUUGAUGAAGUACCAGAACGUGCCGAGAAUGUAUUGUGUUGUAUCACUUUGAUGGCAAAGAAUGUUUUUGAUCAUUAUAACGUUGAACAAAGGGAGGUAACUCCACCAAAAAAAAUUGUAUUCUUAAAUAAAAUUGGUGAUGAUAAAUAAGG